AUGACAAAUCUGUUCACUAUCGUUGUUAAACUUGGAACCUCAUCAUUGGUAGAUGAAGUCACAAGAGAACCAAGAAUUGCAAAUAUGUCUCUUAUUGUGGAGACCAUAGUCAAGUUGCGUCGACAGGGACAUAAAAUAGUUAUUGUAUCCUCAGGUGCAAUUGCAUUUGGUAUGAAACGUGUGGGAUUAGAAGAGAAGCCAAGUAAAUUGGCUGCUAUACAAGCUUUGGCAUCUAUAGGUCAAGGCAGAUUGAUUGGAUUAUUUGACGAUUUGUUCCGUCAAAUGGAACAACCAAUAGCACAAAUUUUAAUUACUAGAAAUGAUAUUAUGGAUUUCACACAGUAUAAGAAUGCCCAAAACACUGUUAAUGAGUUAUUAGAUAUGGGGAUAAUUCCAAUUGUGAAUGAAAAUGAUACUUUGUCUGUUUCGGAAAUUAAGUUUGGUGAUAAUGAUACUUUGUCAGCUAUAACUGCAGGUAUAAUCCAUGCGGAUUAUUUGUUCCUCAUGACAGAUGUGGAAUGUUUAUACACUGAUAAUCCAAGAACCAAUCCAGAUGCACAACCAAUAUUGAUUGUUGAUAAAAUAGAUGAGUUGGCAGUGAAAACAGAUACCGAAUCUGGAGCUGGAUCCAAAGUGGGUACUGGUGGUAUGACGACAAAGUUGAUUGCAGCAGAGUUGGCCACAAACAUUGGUGUAACAACAAUUAUUACAUUGUCGAGCCAACCACAUUACAUCCUCGAUAUUGUCUCGCAUAUACAGAGUCAAUCUGAUUCGUUAACGAUAGAUCAGCAACGUGAACUGAUGAUGCAAGACGUCAAGGCUGGAAAACUUCCAUUGCAUACUAGAUUCUUGAGCUUACCACAGGAUACACAGAUUAAAUCUGACAAAAGAUUCUGGUUGUUGCAUGGAUUGAAAACCAAGGGUGCAUUGAUCAUUGAUCAAGGGUGUUUCCAAGCAUUAACAAGAAAGAAUCGUGCUGGGCUAUUACCUGUUGGUAUUAUCGAUGUUGUCGGUCACUUUCAUGAAAGUGAAUGUGUAUCAAUUAAAGUUGUUCCAGAUAAGAAUGGUCCAUUGGAAGACGCUGUUGAAGUGGGACACUGUCGUGUGAACUACCUGGCUCCAGAAAUUAAACUUAUCAAGGGACACAAGAGUAGUGAUAUUGAAGCGAUAUUAGGAUAUGCUGAUAGUGAAUACGUCGCUCAUAGAGACAAUUUAGCAUUCCCACCAGUUAUGCCACCAUCAACCGAUUCUUUGGUAUCCAUGGUUGAAAAUUUAUAG